CUUUUCCUUCGUUUCCUCGGCAAAGAAACGGAGCGUCGAGUAUGUAAAACCUCUGCGGCUGCUCUCUGAACUUGGUUCGUCACCCGCGGCCCGUCAGUUUUAUCAAAAUUCUUACACAAAAUCUGAAACCUUGGAAGCAGAAACGAACGCCGACUCUGUGAAUCCUUCUAGGAAUGAGUUACAGAAGGGAGCACCGUGCUUCCAGAGCAUCUCUAUUUGAUGGUUUUGAUGGCCUUGAGGAAGGUGGUCUUAGGGUGCCCUCAUCACACUCCCAUGGAACUGACGAUCAUGACAAUGAGAACGCUGUAGACAGUCUGCAAGAUAGGGUUAUAUUUCUUAAGAAAUUAACAGGGGAUAUACAUGAGGAGGUGGAGAGUCAUAAUCGUUUGCUUGACCGAAUGGGUAACGACAUGGAUUCAUCAAGGGGCAUAAUGUCAGGAACCAUGGAUCGGUUCAAAAUGGUAUUUGAGAAGAAAUCAAACAGGAGAACAUGUACUCUUGUUGCAUGCUUCGUGGUUUUCUUCUUAGUUAUAUUUUAUCUCAUGAGGGUCCUCAGAUAUUUCAUGCUUGGCUGAAGUCUAUUUCUAAGAAUCCAUUUUGCUCCUUGGUCGACAGAUGCUGCGAAGUACAAAACAUGUGCAUCACCGUGUAUUAAUCCUUUUUUCUUUCUGACAAGAAACAGAUAUGGGAGAUUGAGUCGUGGUUUCUCUGCAGUUCUGCCACAAGAUUGACAGAGGUUCUAUGUUAGCUCCAAUGGCCAGUGGCUGAAGGUGUAGGCAGCCUGCCUCCCACGGAUUGAGUUUUGAAGCUGUGCGUUGAAUCUAAACACAAUAUAUUUUUUUAAUAGAAUUUAUUGUGUUUCUAAUUA